AUGUCAUCAAUGAGUACUGGAAGCUCUGUGUGGCAGUGUUCAGCUGGUAAAGAUCAAUUCAAUUUCCAUCAUCAUCAUCAAGUGAUGGCCUCUGACUCUGGCUCUGCAGCUGAUGAUCAGUACCAAACAUGGAGGGCAGUGGCAUCAAGGCUUGCACUUGACAAUCAAUUCAGAAAUAUGACAGAAAGACAUGAGUAUUACUCAAAUGCAAAUAUUGAUCAAGAAGAUGAGGAGGAGGAAGACUUGAAUAAUAAUAAUUAUUAUUGUUAUUAUAGGAAGAUUAAUUUCAACAAUAAUCUUAGUAUGCCUUUGCGAUUGAGAUCGUUAGAGGAGUUGAAAGGUGGUCAGCAGCAGCAGCAGAGUAACACUAGUCAUGAUAAGUGGCAUAAGAGUUUGCCUCAGGCUGAAAUGCUGCCUAGGAAUGAGGUCUUGGGUGGUUACAUUUUCGUGUGUAACAAUGAGACUAUGCAAGAGGAUCUCCAUCGCCAACUCUUCGGGCUCCCACAGAAAUAUAAGGACUCUGUUAGGGCAAUAACCCCAGGCUUACCCCUUUUUCUUUAUAACUACACAGCCCACCAGCUGCAUGGAGUAUUUCAGGCUGUAAGUUUUGGAGGGUCAAACAUUGACCCAACAGCGUGGGAAGACAAGAAGUGCAGAGGAGAAUCAAGAUUUCCAGCUCAGGUUAGAAUUCGAGUGAAGGAAAGGUGCAAACCAUUAGAAGAGGAUGCUUUCAGGCCAAUACUCUACCACUAUGAUGGCCCUAAGUUUCGUUUACAGCUCUCUGUACCUGAGGCACUUGCAUUGUUAGACUUAUUUAAAGAAAAGAACCUCUAA